ACAAAAAUACGUAGAUUUCAUGCACGUCAAUGUGUGUCUAUGGUUUUAGAGAAAAUGGGAGAGAGAAACGACGACGGUGAUCAGAAAAUGGAGGAUGUAUUGUUGCCCGGAUUUAGGUUUUAUCCAACCGACGAAGAACUCGUAAGCUUCUACUUGAAGCGGAAGGAUUCAUGGGCUAUAUGCAGAAUCUUCAAAAGGACCAACACAACGACCCUAAGAGCUCUCUCCCACUCCUUUGUUUCCUCGUUACCACCAGAAACAAGCACCGACACAAUCUCCGACCAAAAGCCAUCAAACUCAUACCAUUUUUCUUCAGACAAGAUCCUCAAAACUAGCUCUCACUUCCAGUUUCACCAUGAGAAUAUGAACACUCCCAAAACUAGUAAUAGUACAACUCCAUCCGUUGCCACUAUAAGUCCCUUCUCUUACUUGGAUUUAACUUCAUAUGGCAAACCCACCAACGUUUUCAAUCCGGUUUCAUGUUUAGACCAACAAUACCUCACAAAUCUCUUUCUUGCCACACAAGAAACACAACCUCAGUUUCCCACCCCCCCCUCGUCAAAUGAAAUCCCAUCGUUUCUACUAAACACGUCAUCAGAUUCGACCUUCUUGGGAGAAUACACAAGCCAUAUCGACCUUGGCGCAAUGUUGGCCCAAGAGCAAUGUCCUCCGCUAGUAAGCCUACCACAGGAGUACCAAGAGACAGGAUUCGAAGGAAAUGGUGUAGUGAAGAACUUGCGUGGUUCCAAUGAAGAUCAUCAAGGUCAUUGCGACACACUUCGGUUUGAUGAUUUCGCCUCAACAAUGGAUGAGAAUCAUCGUCAUCAUCAAGACCUGAAACAGAACAUGACGUUGCUGGAGAGUUAUUAUUCUUCUGUAUCGUCCAUCAAUAGCGAUUUGCCAGCUUGUUUCUCCACAACUUGAUGGAUGUGGAAAGAUUUUUAAUCUCUGCCUUCUAGGCUUGCCUUUUUCAAGCUAGGGUGUUUCCUCUUUGUAGGCUUUCUCUUUCACUAAUGCAACGAAAUUAAAUCGUUAUAAAUUAUGCUUCCUUCA